AGAAUCGCAACGAUGGAUCAGUCAACACAAAGAAAUUCUUCAAAAGGCCACGCCAGAAGUAAAUCUGGCGUAAAGUCUUCUCGGCCUAGGUCCUCCACCAAAGGGCCGCUCGAUGGAGAUGACGGUCAUGGCCCCCUAACAUCCCCCAUCCCCUCCCAAGCAGCCCGUUUCACCAGCACCCAAGCAGCCAGCCCACGUACCAGCCUCAACCUCUCGCGGGCCUCCCCAGCCCCGCGGUCUCCGGCCCUAAGCGCCACCGCGCCCGUAACAUCGAAGGACUUCUCCUUCCUGCUCCGGCCAGAGAUAUACCACCAGCUCUCACCCCUCUCCGUCCCAGCCCCCUUCCGCAACCCGGCGCGGCAGCCCGCGCCCGAGACGCCGAUCCCAGCGCUGCUGCAGCGGGGCCACUUCCGCGCGGCCGCGAUAGCCGCGGUCCAGGCGCUGACGAGCAGCCCCGUGAGCGCCGUCGCGGCGGCGGCCCACCCGCCCGUCGACCCGGCGGACCACGCCCGCGUCUUCGAGCUGCUGUACACGCGGCUCGCGUGCCUUUGCCUCAUCGACGCCACGUCGCUCGCCGCCCAGGAGUCCAAGGCCCUCGAGGACCUCAACUCGGCUUUCUACCUCGAUCCCCUGACCGGCGCGCACCUCGUGCCUUGGGAGCUGCGCGUGUUGGGGGUUCGUCUCCAGGCUAUUGGGUUCGGCGACCCGAGGCGUGCGGUUAUGAGCUAUUAUGAGCUGGCGCGCGAGGCGAGGGUCCAGGCUGCGAGGGCGGCGAAGUUGGGGGAGCAGGGUAGGGAGGAGGGACGGGUUUGGAGGGAGAGGUUAAGCGAGCUUGGGGUUAAGGUUGCGGGCGCGCUGAUUGAGAUGGAUGAUCUUGCUGGCGCGGCGGAGCAUCUGGCGACCCUUGGCGACGGGGAUGGUGGGAGCGAAGGGCGAGGACGCCUGGCUAUGAGCCGCGCGCUCCUGUGGUUGCAUUUGGGCGAUGUAGAGGCCGCGAGGCGUUGUGUUAGGGUCGCGGAUGACGAGGGUGCUUCGACGAAUGAGCGCAUCCUGACCGCGCUGGCGGAUAUGGCGGAUGGCGAGUACAGGACUGCACUAGAGGAGUGGCAAGAACUGAAAAGCACUAUGGAGGAGAAUGGUCAGCAUGAUGAGAUGGUUGGGGUGAAUUUGGCUGUGUGCCUUCUUUACACGGGGAAAAUGGCCGAGGCCAGGGAUAUCUUGGAAGGCUUGGUUGAUGCGGGUGACACGUCCCACACGCUGCUCUUCAACCUUACGACCAUGUACGAACUCUGCACUGAUCGACAUAAGAACCUGAAAAUGAAGCUGGCAGAGCGGGUGGCUUCUAAGCAGCCUUCGCAACUGGGAUGGGAGAAGACGAACGCGGAUUUUAAACUGUAGGUUAGGGUACUUAGAUAUGCAUAAUCGGAAUACAUCAUAUUAGCUUAGAAUUUGUAUUUGCGGGAGUUCAUCAAUAGACGUCAAUUGUAACUAUGUAUCUGAGUAAUCAUGGCUAUGUAUCUAGGUAAACUCCAAUUCCCCGU